AUGGAACUGGCAGGGCUGCCUGACAAGACAUUCGUAAACGAAAACUUCGAAUAUGCAAAGCGGUCUUGGGCGGCCAGAAGCGGCCUGACGCUGCGUCCAGCCCUGCGGAAAGCGGGCGUGACCACCACCGCUGUCGUGGUUGUGGUCGCGGUAGCUGCGCCGUCGGACCGACGCAGACGACACGGUCCCAUCCCAGAUACGGCGUGCUUCGUGAUAUCGGGCACGGCGAAGUGCGAGGUAUUGCUGCAUGCCGAGGACGCGUGCCCGAUACAGCGGGCCAAAGCGCCGGCCAAACAAGCACCACCAGCGGUCGCCGUCGUCGGCAGCCUCAAGGCCGAUGUGCAUGUAUGGACCCUGAGUGCCCCCGACAAGCACGGCCGGCUAAGCGAGACCAAGAUCCGACUCCGUCUGCGGCGGGAGCACCGAUCCCGAGCUUCUCCAGUGGUAGUGCGGGAGAAGAUCGUGGAAGCAGAUCCCGUGCAGAGGGGCCAGACCCCGACCGCCGUUGGCGCGCGAAGUAGGAAAUCGCCUCCCACGGUGAGAGCGCGGCACGAGCUUCGGAGCUCGCGGCGGAUUCUGAGGCGUUCUGCAUGGGGCGCAUGUGAGCGAUGGAACGUCCAGUGGAAGUGCAGCAGCCCCCGGGCGGCGUUACAAGCGUCUGCGCGCCGUAGAGCACCCAAGCCAGUAUCGAAUUGGGUUACGAUAGGAUUUGACGUGCUCAUGGACCCACGGGCCCGAGAACGUGCUAUCGUUUGGGUUCAUCAUCGCGAUGGCAACGAGUAUAGGGCGGGCUGCGGGCAAGAUGCACAGGCGGUGCCACGACCACAGGAUGCAAUGCUGGUCUGGACACGUAGAUUCGAUGACAACACGGCCGCGACGGCGGUCGUCAGCCCCGCCGCUCCGCGCACCUUGACCGGGCCGCAAUCUCGCGCUGCGAUGCAGAACGUCGAGCCGCUGGGCCGCCAAGGCACGACGCCGCUGAGCUUUGGCCGGGCGUGCAGUGCAUCGGGGUGCCAACGGCAACAUUCGUGGUUCCGGGGGGUCGUCAAAUUCGUCUCACCUGACAGCGGGACGCCGCAGAUCCUCUGCUGGGGCAGCCAUUGCCUGAUUCUGGGCAGGUCGCAAGGCCAAUCACUUCUCACGCCGGAGGGCGAGGACACAUGGUCCAUCAUGGCUCUGGAGCUCUCUGGUGUGACUGCUGUGGUCUUCGCGUGGUGGGAGGAAGUGUCCAUGGUAUAUUCCGCGAGGAGCAUCGAACGACAAGGUGUUUGUCCAGAGCAUCAACUGCGUCCGUUCUAG